GUUCAAGGCCAACACUGCGCUUUAUCUAGAAGAAUUCACCUCAAGAACGUGUUGUUUCUGCUGAGCUUCCAAAGCACUCUUUGAUAGUCCCAGAACACUUUACAGAGACGUCAAGAUGCCUCGUAUUAUGAUCAAAGGUGGAAUAUGGAGGAACACGGAGGAUGAAAUAUUGAAAGCUGCUGUUAUGAAGUACGGCAAGAAUCAGUGGGCUAGAAUUGCUUCUCUUCUACACAAAAAAAGCUCAAAGCAGUGCAAAGCGAGAUGGCACGAGUGGCUGGACCCGAGCAUAAAGAAGACUGAGUGGAGUCGGGAAGAGGAGGAAAAGUUACUGCACCUGGCCAAGCUCAUGCCUUGUCAGUGGAGGACCAUAGCACCCAUUGUCGGACGAACAGCUGCACAGUGUCUAGAGCACUACGAGAUGCUACUUACGAAGGCCCAGCAGAGAGAGGGAGAGGAGGAAGAGGACCCCAGGAAGCUGCGUCCAGGAGAGAUUGACCCAAACCCUGAGACCAAACCAGCACGGCCUGAUCCAGUGGAUAUGGACGAAGACGAGAAGGAGAUGCUUGCUGAGGCUCGAGCUCGACUGGCCAACACUCAAGGCAAGAAGGCCAAGAGGAAGGCUCGGGAGAGGCAGAUGGACGAGGCCAGACGGUUGGCCUCACUCCAGAAGAGACGAGAAAUGAGGGCAGCAGGAAUUGGUGGUGGGCCUCGGGGGCCUGGUGGGCGUUUCCAUUCCUCUCGUAAACGUAAGAGAGGUGUGAACUACAAUGACGAGAUUCCGUUUGAGAAGCAACCUCCGCUCGGGUUCUUUGACCCGUCAGCUGACACUCCGGAGGUGGAGCGGCCAAACUUCAAGAGAAUGAAACACCAGGAUGUGCUGGGCAUGAAGAGGGACGAGUAUGAGAGGAAGGAGAAAAGAGAUAAAGAUAAGCAAAAGAAAUCAAAGGAGAAUGAAAUGCCAAAGGCUAUAAUGCAAAUGAACAAAGUUGGUGGGGACUCGACCAAGAAGCGCAGCAAGCUGGUCCUCCCUGCCCCCCAGAUCUCAGACGCUGAGUUAGAGGAGGUGGUUAAACUGGGCCAGGCCUCAGAGGAAGCCAAGUCCUUUGUUGGUGACGAGGAUGGCGCCUCACAACACCUGUUAGCCGACUACUCUAUGACCCCCUCCCUGGGAACACCUGCUCUGAGGACACCUCGCACACCGGCCAACGAGGACACCAUACUGCAGGAGGUUCAGACUAUCAUCGCUUUGCAGAAUGUGCAGACUCCACUCAAAGGUGGUGAGAAUACGGAACUGAACGAGACCAGUUUCGAUGGUGUAACUCCCAGAAAGCACACAGUACAGACACCCAACGUUGUCCUGGGCACUCCAUUUCGUACGCCUGGUCAACCUGGACCUGGAUUAACCCCUGGACGAAUGAUGACCCCCCAAAUGGGCCCCCCUGGCUCAAUGACCCCUGGGCAUACCCCUGUACGUGACCAGCUCCAAAUCAACCAGGAAGAUGCAAUGUCUGAAAGCUUUGGGAGUGUUCGCUCUAUGAAACAGCAGGCGUUCGACAUGAAGGCUCAACUGAGAGCAGGGUUGAGCAGUCUGCCUGCCCCCAAGAACGACUUUGAGAUUGUGGCCCCUGAGGAGAUGGACGUGGAUGGGGAGGGGCAUGGUGUGGAGUUUGUGGAGGAUGCCGCUGAGGUGGACGAGAGGAAGGCCAAGGCCAGAAGGGACGCAGAGGAGAGAGAGUGGCGUCGACAGUCCCAGGCUGUACAACGUGCCCUGCCUAGGCCCACGGACAUCAACACUGCCAUCCUCAGGGGAGCGCCUCACAAGGACCAGAAGAACAGGGCAUUCUAUGAGGCUGAAGAGUUGGUCAAACAAGAGAUGCUGACUAUGCUGCGCAAUGAUCUGGUGAAGCACCCUCCCCCUGGUGGCAUCAUCUCCAAGGCUGCCCUUAGCAAGGCCAAGAUGGACCUCGAGGCUGAGCCAGCAGAGCCAUUCACUGAAGAGGAAAUGAAAAAAGCCCAUGAUGUGAUGGAGGAGGAGAUGAGUGUUGUGAAGGAGGGGAUGGGCCACAAGGAGCUAACGGCUGCCGAGUACACUGCCAUAUGGGAGGAGUGUUACAAGGAAGUCCUCUACAUGCCUGGGCAGAACAGAUACACCAGAGCAUCUAUGGCAUCUCCUAAGGAUCGUUUGGAUGCUCUUGAGAAACAGCUUCAAUCCAAUCGGCAGCUGAUGACCAAACAAGCCAAGAAGGCGGCCAAACUGGAGAAGAAGCUCAAGAUACUCACUGGCGGCUACCUCUCCCGACAUGGGGCACUAGUGAAGCAGAUAGGAGACUUCCAUGAGCAGACUGAGCAGGCCAACGUUGAGCUAGAGACCUUCAAAAAACUACAGGAGCUCGAGGAGCAGGCCAUUCCAAAGAGAACCGAGCACGUAAAGGAAGAGGUCCAGCGCCAGUCUGAGCGAGAGGGUGAGCUACAGAUCAAAUACUCGAGUCUCAUCACUGCCAAGAACACUCUUCUCCAGCAGCUGGCUCAGGACAAUUAAUCAAUGACUGCUAUAGCAUACUAGUGUGACUGUUGUAUAAUUAUUUUGUGCAUGUAUUAUGAUUAUUAUAUUCCCUGAGUUUUGAUGUCCACUUUGUUUAUUGCUCUUUAUCUUUAA